AGAAAAUCAAUUGUGAAAGGUGGCAAAAGAAGUGCAAGAAAAGAAAACGAUAUCAAUAUGAAAGGGAGGACUCAAGCCCACAUAUGUAUGUGGAUGAUGUUGUGUUUGGUCGUGGAUGCCACACACUUGCAGGGGUCCUUUGACACACAGGAUUUCUUUAAGUUUCUCGUCAAAUUCGGGUUUCAAAAAGCAGAGUCCCUGCGACCGCAGGAUUCCUUUGGUUAUAUAUAUGGUAACAUAACAUCAGACAGUGAUUUUCACCAGCCUGUGACACUGGCAGUGCUGGACAAAUCAACGUUUGUGGAUUUCUAUCAUAAUCGCAGUUUGAGCAUCUACGGGCGUGAGUUGGCCUGUCAGCAUAUGUUUAAGAACAUCCAGUAUUUGGCUUACGAUCCAGAUUGUAAUGCCCAUGGGAAGCGAGAUUUUCUAAGACGAGUGCCAUGCCCCAAGGGUCAAUUGUGCCAGGAUGAAGAUGCACCCAGUAAUGUUGUUGCAGGACAUCAAUUUACCUAUGUCAUCAGUGAAGUCGCGCAGCCAAGGUUUUGGUAUAUGGCCAUUGUGGCUUGUUAUCGCAAUCGCACAACGUGUCAAGGGCACGCCUAUGACACCCUAACAGCGCCGGCUUCGUUUUUAAAUAACAGUAUUUCCGUACUACACUAUGACAUACAUGUUGUCAAUGGUCAUCCCAAUACUUCGGAUGACCACCCGCUUACGUAUGAGUUCUCCUUCGAUCAACAGAAUCUUUUGGAAAUGUAUUUGAUAUUUCUAUUGGUGUACAUCGUUCUACUGCCCAUGCAAAUAUACGCGGUGCGUUUGCAGAAACAUCCUGUCACAAAGUUAUUCACAAUCAGUUUGCUAAGUGAGUUCGUAAGUUUAGUAUUAAUAUCAUCACAUCUCAUAAAGUAUGCCAGCAAUGGCAAGGGUUUGCCCCAUCUGCAGGCAUCGGGUGACAUUUUAGAUAUAUUUAGUAGGACCACAUUUAUGUUAAUACUUCUACUAUUGGCCAAAGGUUGGGCUGUGACACGUCAACAAAUUAGUCGUACAGGAUGGAUAAUAUUGAUGAGUAUAUGGGUGCCCUAUUGCGCUUUUCAUGUGUUCCUCUACUACUGGAAUAGAACGGAAGUUGAUAUAAUUUCCGAUGUGGACGAGUACCAAACAUGGCCUGGAUGGAUAGUUCUCAUUCUACGCACAACGUUCAUGCUAUGGUUCCUAUAUGAACUACGCAAUACAAUGAAAUAUGAACAUUCAUCUAAAAAAUUGGAUUUCCUUUUACAUCUGGGAGCAUCAAGUCUGGUGUGGUUUAUUUAUCUUCCGAUAGUAGCCAUAGUAGCGUUACAGGUUAGCCCUAUGUGGCGCUAUAAAUUAUUGUUGGGUAUAACAAAUUCAGCGGAUUGUCUGGCAUAUUGUGUCAUGACGGGACUUCUGUGGCCAAAUAGAUCUGGACAGUAUUUACUUUUGACUGGAUCAAAGUAUGCAGGAAUGGACGAACUAGAUGAAUUCAAUGAAGCCCCACACAUUGUGAGGGAACGUGAAAGAAGACAAAAUUCUAUUGACAAUCCCGUAGUGGUGGUUACCAAUUCCACCACAAAUUAUUCAACGAAUCGGCCAAAUGGUGAUGCUUGCACCGACCUUUUAGAAGCGGAAGAUUUAGAUGCUGAGCUUCUAACGGACCUUAACAAGAAUAGUCAUAUUGUGGCAUAAGAAAAUUGCCACACCACAUUUAGGACGUAUGUUUAAACUGCGCAAUUACUACUGAAUAGUGCUUAUGAUAAUGGUUUUUAUUAUUGUAUUGUGCGCACACCUCACACACAAUACACCGUAAUACAAUAG